AUGAAGGUGGAGUUAGUGGGAGCAGUGAGGUUGUUAGUGGACCUCAGUGCUGUUGAUGCCUCUGUUCAAAACUUCCUGUUGCAUUCACACAGCGACAUGAGAAACAACAGCCAGGGGAUCUGGCUGCAGCAGACCUGCACGCUGUUCGUACAGAGCGGCGUCCAGCUCCUCUCUGAGUUCACUAAACAUGCAGCUGUGUGGGCUAACACCAGCGUGGUGAGAGCCAACUUCAGCCAGCCCAACCCCAGGCAGCAGGAGAGAGCGGGGAACAACCACGACGAGCCCCUCCAGUCGGGCAGCAGCAGCGGGGAGCUGUCGGGGUCCGGCGAGGCCCAGGCGGAGGCUCUGUGGUGGGGCCACCGGCUGCAGAUGGCCCUGGUGAACACCGUGGCGUUCAGGGGCGUCUGGCAGAAACAGUUUCUGUUCACCAACACUCAGAACCUGCCCUUCACCCUCCCUGACGGCAGCGCCAUCAAAGUGCCCAUGAUGUACCAGGCCACAGAGGUCAGCUUCGGUCAGUUCAGGACGGCCUCGGAUCACCGCUACACCGUGCUGGAGCUGCCGUACCUGGGCCGCUCGCUCAGCCUGCAGGUGGCGCUGCCGAGCGAGAGGAAGACCCCGCUGUCCUGCAUCGAGUCACAGCUCACCGCCCGGCAGCUUGCAUCAUGGGAAACUGGCCUGCGCAGAACCAAGAUGGACGUCUUCCUCCCCAGGUUCAGGAUGCAGAACAAGUUCAACCUGAGGUCGGUUCUUCCCGCCAUGGGCAUCAGCGACGCCUUCAACCCGACAGCAGCUGACUUCUCUGAAAUAUCAGCGGAGGAAAGUCUUUAUGUUUCUGAUGCUUUCCAUGAAGUGAGGAUAGAAGUCACAGAAGACGGGACGAAGGCAGCUGCAGCUACAGCUAUGGUGCUUCUCAAGAGAUCCCGUGCUCCGGUCUUCAAAGCGGACCGGCCGUUCCUAUUUCUGAUACGACAAGUCAACACAGGAUCCAUCUUGUUUAUGGGCCGAGUGAUGAACCCAGCGGACCAAACACCCUAAGAAUCUCACACACACUACUGGUAUUUAUUUGUGGACCAACGGGAGGGUCCACGCCACGGACACUUCAGGAAGAGGGAUAAUAUUUUUGUACAUGUCUGUAAAUAAAAUUUUAAUACAUGUUUUUACGCC